AUGCUUGUCAAGACUUUUCUACUCAUGAAUCUGGGCGCCUUCGCCUCUGCUCAGACUUUUUUGGGCUUUCCCGAGAGUCUGACUUGUAAGACUGACAACGGCCCCGCCACCAUUUCGGAGACCGAAUGUCAGAACGCCAUCGUGGGUCCUAAGGGGCUCAAGCAGGACGAUAGCGCCGCCAAUGUCGCGUCUGGCCACUGUUCGACACUCUCCGGCAUCCCUCUCUUUGUGGAAAGCGUUGCUGGCAAGGGAGAUGUUGGUUUCGCUUUUGAUAAGAGCAAGAACACCUACUACUUUUGUUUUGGACAGGGGGUUAUCGACGAAUCCGGAUACCCUUCUAGUUGCACAGAAAACUAG